AUGGGGUCGUAUGCAGAGGAACGUGUUGCCAUUCUCAUCGGAGCCACAUCUGGUGUGGGGGUCGAUAUAGCUAGACACCUUUGCGCACAGGGAUGGAUUGUUGCAUGCACAGCACGACGUCAAGAGCCAGGGGAUCAGCUUCUUAAAACUCUCCCCAAAAACAAAGCUCAGUUCUUUACCGCGGAUGUCUCCAAGUAUGAAGAUUCCGUUGAGGUAUUCAGAAAAGUUCACGAGCGUUGGGGCCGAAUUGAUGCUGUGUGUGUCAAUGCAGGCAUCGUCGACAAGUCUUCUAUUUAUCGGUUUGACUGGAAAGAUAAGCCAGUAGAGGAUGUACCUCCUCCGCCGGACACCUCUGUUGUCGAAACUAACUACAAGGGCGUUAUAUAUUGCACCCAGCUUGCUACACACUUCAUGCGUCACAACCCUCAGCCUGGUGGUCGUAUCAUUAUAACAAGCAGUAUUGGGGGCAUGUUUCCUCAUAAGGCUUAUCCUAUAUACUGUGGAACCAAAUCCGCUGUGAAUCAGUUUGCACGUGGCGCUGCUCCUAUUCUGAAGCAAAAGGAAAACAUUUUGCUUAACGUUGUGAUGCCUGGAAUCUUGGAUACACCCAUAGUUCCACCAGGAAUGAUUAAAGCUGUCAGCCCUGAAUGUAUAACACCAAUUUCCACGGUAUUAAAAGCAUUUGACAUCUUCUUGGAAGAUACCACGGGUAUGGCGGGAGAGUUGCUCGAGUGCUCAGCCGAGAAAUUACUCUAUUACCCCUUGCCAGAACCACUUAACGGCCCAAUUACCAAGCGAGCAACUACUGUAUGGGAACCCCUGUUUGAAAUGAUUCACGGUGAAAAUUCGGAGCUAGAAGAAGCACUGUCUUGA